AUGUGGAGCCCCAGCGGGAGCCUUCUCCAGGCACUACCCCGGCUCCUGCAGCACGCCGCCCUCCAGGGCCGAACCGAGCUGCCGGCCAGCUGGGCCCUGCCACGGGCAGCGGGCGGGGACAACGCGGCCGAUCGCCUCCCCCGCGGGGGCGGGGCGAGCGCGGCGGCGGCGGCUGCGGCUGCCUCGGGCGCCCUGCUCGGCGCCUAUCUGGAGCGCCACGGUCCGCCAGCGGCCUCGGAGCUGCCGGCGCCGGGCGGGGCCUUGGCGGGCGGCCCCGGGAGCGGCAGCGGCGGCGGCGUGGUGGUCGGCGUGGCGGAGGUGAGAAACUGGCGCUGCUGCUGCCUCGGCAGCACCUGUUGGUGCCGGAGCCUCGUGCUGGUGUGCGUGCUGGCCGCGCUGUGCUUCGCUUCCCUGGCCCUGGUCCGCCGCUACCUGCAGCACCUCCUGCUCUGGGUGGAGAGCCUCGACUCGCUGCUGGGGGUCUUGCUGUUCGUCGUGGGCUUCAUCGUGGUUUCGUUCCCCUGCGGCUGGGGCUACAUCGUGCUCAACGUGGCCGCCGGCUACCUGUACGGCUUCGUGCUGGGCAUGGGACUGAUGGUGGUGGGCGUCCUCAUCGGCACCUUCAUCGCGCAUGUGGUCUGCAAGCGGCUGCUCACUGCCUGGGUGGCCGCCAGGAUCCAGAGCAGCGAGAAGCUGAGCGCCGUUAUUCGCGUCGUGGAGGGAGGAAGCGGCCUGAAAGUGGUGGCGCUGGCCAGACUGACCCCCAUACCUUUUGGGCUUCAGAAUGCAGUGUUCUCGAUUACUGAUCUCUCCUUACCCAACUAUCUGAUGGCAUCUUCAGUUGGACUGCUUCCUACCCAGCUUCUGAAUUCUUACUUGGGUACCACCCUGCGGACAAUGGAAGAUGUCAUUGCAGAACAGAGUGUUAGUGGAUAUUUUGUUUUUUGUUUACAGAUUAUUAUAAGUAUAGGCCUCAUGUUUUAUGUAGUUCAUCGAGCUCAAGUGGAAUUGAAUGCAGCUAUUGUAGCUUGUGAAAUGGAACUGAAAACCUCUCUGGUUAAAGGCAAUCAACCAAAUACCAGUGGCUCUUCAUUCUACAACAAGAGGACCCUAACAUUUUCUGGAGGUGGAAUCAAUAUUGUGUGACUCUAAAGAAAUGUACGAUUGUCAAGAGCUGGUGUGCUGUCCAAGGUCUAGUGGUCACCUUACCAGCGGGCAGAGACAAGUUCUAAUUGUAUUACGGCACAAACAAAACUGACUAGUUUUUAAAUUGCACAAUUUUUUUAAAGAAAGAAUCAUUUUCUGGAUAUGUAAUUGUAAAUGUAGUUGCAAAUUUGGGCUGCACCUCUUUAUCAUUUAUUAUGCCCACAGUGGCCCAUAGGUCUGCACUUUAGUGUUUUUUAAUUGUUUUCUUUCUGGGUACUUACGAACAGAGAAAUAACCCAAAUAUUUUUCUGCUUAGUGUCUUUAUUUAUAAAGUCCAUGAAAGUUGUAAGCAUCUUCCCUACUUAUAAUGAUGAGUAAAAGUAUAUAAUUUUAAAUGUAUGAUAUUAUUUAGAUGUUCUGUGUCCUUUUCAGAAAAGAUAGUUUUUUGUUGUUGUUUUUUGUUUUAAGUGGGACCACUUUGCUUCCCUUUUCCUUACUAGUUAGAAAAUAGACAUUAACUUUCGGUUGAAUGUAUUUUUGCAAGCAUCAUUGCAGGGCCAUUUACACCUUUUCACACAAGCUUAAAUCCUACAUUGUGGGACUGAAGUGCUCUUAAGAUACCUUUUUAUUUUCACUGUGGAAUAUGCAAAGCAAAAGGGAAAUUAUUUAAUGGGCAGUGGCUCAAAUUAGAACCCAUGUUCUAAUUCCAUUACAUUGGCUUUACUCUCGUUAGAUCUUUCAUCAAAGGACUGUCCCGUUGCAGUCUUACUAAAAAGUUUUAGUAAAAUAAACUUCCUUUUCUUUUUAUAUUCAUCAUUAGGCUUUGAGAUAAAGAUCUAUUCCUUUAAAAUGAUGGACUUACCAUCAUUGACGAUGUCACUCAGGUGGCCUUGUUCAAUCAAAUAGCCUUUAAAAAAAAAAACCAAGCUUUAAAAUCAUGUUUAUAAGUCCACUGAAUUACAUAUAUAUGUCCCCAUAGUCUUCAGCUUUAAAACUAUAAAUAUAAUGUUAACUUAAUGCCCAAAUUUGUAUUAUUUGCCCUACUAUAAAGUAGGUUUAUUUUGUUUUUUGGUACUUGUUUUUCUCUGAUAAGACUCAGGAAUUCUGAAAUGUGAAAUUAAGUCUCAAUUCUUUCUCUUGUAGCAUGAAUUGAGUGUAUUUAUUAAUAGCACUUAGGGAUAUAGCAUACAAUAAUUUGGCAUAUGAUUCAUACGACAUAUGUAUUACCCAUCUAUCACCUUAUGUUUUUAAAAUGGUUUAAUUGUGAACUUGAUGACUAGUUUUUUUACAACCCAGAUUAUAAAUAUGAAUGCAAAUUUUCUGGUUGGUAUCUCUUUUUUGGCUAUGAAUAUUCCACCUUAUCAGAGACCUCCCAUUUGCCUUUUCAUUAGGGUAAAACCUUUGCCCUGAUUUACUAAAGUGCAAAAGAAUUCUUCGGGAGCAGGUUAUUCCUAGUCUGAUGCUGUAGACACAUUGCAUUUGAUUUUAAUGCAUAAGUUUUUUUUCCCCUAUUGCAGUUAUAAUUGAUUUCCUUUCCUUCAUCAUGUUUAAGUUUUCUCACCUUUGGGUAACAGAGAAGUUCAUUUAUUGAUUUCCAUACCAAGACCUCAGUGCAAAUGAUCCAAGAGGCACCUGGGUCUACAGUACUUAAUUGGACUCCAAAUCCUUCUUUCUUUCACUGGUAGAAAAAAAUAUAUAGUACUAGAAUAUUCUUAUUCUUUUUUUAAUCCUAAUUACUUGUUUUUAUUUUUUAAAAUAAUUUUAGUUUAAUAAUCCCGAUGAACAAUAUGCUUGAUUUAUUCUUUUCUGUCUAACUUGACAAUAUUUUUCUUGUGCUUCUUGUUUGUUGGUAAGUUUUUGUUAAAGGAAUCAUUUAAGAUCACUACUUUCAGACUUACGUUACACUUCAUGUAUUUUGAAGUGCAUUUAUUUACUUAGCAUUUUGUAACUUGAAUAAUUUCACCAAAUGAAUACCUUUUAGUGGUUUGUAAUGAGUUCUUCCAGUUGUUGCAUUUUGCUUCAUACUUAAAUAUGUAAAGGUAGAAGAGAAAUAAUUUUUCUGUAUUCUGCCAAUCAUAAUUUUAUAUAAUAAAAUCCAUUUUUUACUUAA